UCCUUUUAAACUGAAACCAAUUUCGAUGAAAAGAAAAAGUAUUUUACUUAUUUUACCUUACUUUUCGCUAUUAAAUACAAAAAAUAGUUGAGCUUCUUCGGAGGAACUUUAUAUACAUUGUUGAGUGUGUGCUAACUCAGUUUCUAUUUUCUAAUUUGCAGUGCGAAAUAGUUAAUAUAGUUCAUUGUGUAACGUUUCAUGGAUAGUGCUAGAUGGCUUUAGAUGUUGUCCAAGUGGGAGGCUGUUACGUAUCCUCCAGUUUACCUAAAGCUCUAUUUGUACCUACUCCAACUAAAUAUCGUAAAAGCAAUCAUAGAGAAAAUUCCUCAAAAGCUAAUCUGCUGUAUUUCAAGUCUGAGAAAAGAAAAUCGAAGCAUGAGUCUGACAUUCUCUACAAUGAGUGUUUGCCACCUUCUGGAAAAGAAAACCUUUGUGUUCAAACAGACUUAUAUCUGGAAGAGCUCUGUGAUGUUGUUGAAGAAGUGGAUGUGCAAUGUGAAACAGAUCCUCUGUUUGACAGGCCACCAUCUCCAUUGUUCGUACCUGCAAAAUCUGGUCUAGAUGCAUCCACACAAAUCUAUCCUGGAGAGCUGUUUGAUUUUGAUGAAGAAGUUGAACCACUAUUGGAAGCUCUAGUUGGACAGACAUUAGAACAAUCUGUGAUAGAAUUGAUGGCAGAAGAAGAAUUGGCUGUAAUAUCUGAUAUGCAAAUGGAUUAUGAAGCAAGAAGGAAUGCAGAGUUAGCUGAAUUGAAACGCUUAGAAGAAGAAGAUAGGAGAAUUUUAGAAGAAAGGCAAAGGAGAUUAAAAGAACAAGAAGAAGCAAUCAAAUUGGAAGAGGAAGUUGCUCAAAAAAUUGCUGCUUGUAUUUUUUCACAAAAUUAUCUGUCAGAGUUAGUGCCUCAAGUGUACAAAAAAUUAGAAACACAAGGUUACUUCGAUUCAGAAGACUUGGACCUUAAAGACAUUGAAGAAGGGUUUUGGCCUUGGCUAAUGAAUGAAGUAGACAAUGAAAUUGCAACUCUAGAGACAUCUUGCGAUCUACUUGACUCACUCAUAGAAAAUGCAGUUCAGAGUAUCAAGGAAACAUCAGUUAUUCAACCUGUUGAAAAUGAUUCUCUGAGACAGCUUGAAGAAAAUGUAUAACACUGAAUCCAAGGGCACAACAAAUGUAAAGAUUUCAUUGGAAUGUCUAUAAGUCUGCAGGAAAGCUGUCUUGAAGCUCAAAAUGGAAAAUUUAUCUGUAAAUAAUUGAUAUCCUCUAAUAAUAAAAUUAAUGCAGAAAAAGUACAACUUCUAAUAUUAAAAAA